AUGUCAGGAACAUCCGGACAAAAUCAGAUAAUAAUACAGAAGGAAGGAAGUUCUCUUUCCCAGUUUCAGUGUCCAAUUCUGAAACCAACAAACUAUACGGUUUGGGCUAUUCGUAUUAAAACGAUUCUUGAAGCGAAUGGUUUGUGGGAAACGAUUGAACCGGCAGAAAAUGCAACGGUAGACACUAAGAAAGAUAAGUCUGCAAUUGCAUAUUUGUUUCAAGCAAUACCAGAAGAUGUUGUAUUGCAAGUUGCAAGUUGUAAGACUGCGAAGGAAAUUUGGGAAAAUCUAAAGAAUUUGAAGGAUGACGACACUAUUGAUUCAUUUACCGCAAAGAUUAAUAGUAUCGUUACCCGGGCAACUGAAGUAGGAAUGACAUUGAGUCAACCGACUCUAGUACGCAAACUCCUAAAUGGCGUACCGGAUAAGCUUACUCAAAUCGUUGCCUCCAUGGAACAAUACUCCGAUCUAGAAACUAUGACGCUAGAAGAAGCGGUCGGAAGAUUAAAAACUUAUGAAGAAAGGUUAAAGUUGAAGAAAAAGGAAAGCCCCGUGAACAAUCUAGAAGAACUCCUGGAAGAGAUGAAGAUGUUUAAAGAUGAUGGUGGUGGAUUCGGUUGUGGUAAACCGAAUAGAGGGAGAGAGAAGAGUGAUGAGGGUUGA